AUGAAGAGCUUAGCAACAGAAAGUAAAGAAAUUCUCAUACAGGAAGAAUUCUUGGGUAGCACCCACGACCAAGCGGCUUUUAACCAAAGUGCGAUGGAGAUCUUCCACAUCAAUGAUCCAACACCCAAGAAGAGAAAUAGGGUGAACUUCUGCUUGGCUGCAGUGGUCAUCUACCUGAUUCUGCUCACCAUGGGCACCGGGCUGCUGGUGGUCCAAGUUCUGAAUCUGCAGGAGCAGCUCCAGGCCCUGAAGAGCUACUUUCCCAAUGGAACGCUGGCCACUGAGGACAGCCCACUCUUCUCCUUGCUGCAGUCAGCAAAACUCAGAGAACAGCCGGCUCAGGGUGCACCAGGGCUGCAAGUCCUGCAGGCCCAGCUCAGCCAGGUCCAUGCCAGCCAGGAGCACCUGCUGCAGUGGGUGGACAACUUCACUCAGAACCCAGAGCUGUUCGGGAUCAAUGGUGAACGAGGUGCCCCAGGUCUUCCAGGUCAAAAGGGGGCCACAGGCAUACCUGGCACUCCUGGACUGCCGGGGCCACCUGCUGAGAAGGGAGACAGGGGCACCGCAGGACGUGACGGAGCCACAGGUCCCCCAGGACCCCAAGGCCCACCAGGAACCAAGGGAGAGGCAGGCCUCCGAGGACCCAAGGGCGAGCCAGGAAAGCAAGGAGCGGCGGGCACCCCAGGGCCCCAAGGAGAGAAGGGCAGCAAAGGCGAGGGGGGUCUCACUGGCCUGAAAGGGGAAGCUGGAGCUAAGGGAGACAAGGGAGACCUGGGCCCCCCAGGAAGCAAAGGGAGCAUGGGCAUCAAAGGAGACACAGGGGUCAUGGGCCCCCCUGGAGCCCAGGGCAGUAAAGGUGACUCCGGGAAGCCAGGACCACCAGGUUUGGCUGGAUCUCCUGGAGCCAAAGGAGAUCAAGGACAACCUGGAGCACAGGGCGUUCCAGGUCUUCCCGGCAUGGUGGGACCCCCAGGUGCCAAGGGUGAACCUGGUCAUGCUGGCUCUGCUGGGCUAACAGGACCACCAGGGAGUCCCGGGAUUCCAGGAGCCACAGGCCAGAAAGGAAGCAAGGGGGACACAGGACUUCAAGGACAGAAAGGAACAAAAGGAGAAUCAGGAGUUCCAGGCCCUGCAGGUUUGAAGGGAGAAAGGGGAAGCCCAGGGCUGGCAGGCCCCAUGGGAGCACCUGGACCAGCUGGCCGAAACGGAGACCCUGGAGCAAAAGGAUCUGCUGGGCAGCAAGGAGUGAAGGGAGAGAAAGGUCAAAAAGGUAACUGCUCACUCGCCAGGAUCAUUGGCAGCAGUCAUCGAGGCCGGGCUGAAGUUUACUAUAAUGGUGUCUGGGGGACAAUUUGUGAUGACAGCUGGGACAAUUCCGAUGCCACUGUCUUCUGCCGCAUGUUGGGUUACUCCAGAGGAAGGGCCAUUUUCAAAGUAGAAGCUGGCACUGGGACCAUCUGGCUGGAUGAUGUUGAAUGUAGAGGAACAGAAGAGACACUGUGGAACUGCAGAAAGCAUGACUGGGGCUCCCACAACUGCAACCACAGCGAGGAUGCAGGCGUGGAGUGCAGCCAGUGACCUUGAAGGCCUGUCACCACUCUGCUCCCAAGAUGUCCACAGAGGGUCACACGUGGGAAGGCAGAGGUUCUCUGAGGUGUUCUCUGGGAGCAGCUGGACAGCCUGUGGGGAAGUCAUUAAUAAAACUCAAAGGGCUA